GUGAAGUAGCUGGUGUAUACAAAUGGUUGUCUUCGCCAAUUCUCCGACCUAGCUAAAGCCGUUGGCUUUUUUGUUGUCUAUGGGGAUGUAAAAAUGGGAUUUUUUCACCAAUUGAAGUUGCUGCUAUGGAAAAAUUACACUGUGAAAAGGCGCCACCCACUCGUUUUGUUGGCCGAACUGACUAUACCUCUUGUCAUCUUCUUCGUUUUGGUUGGGAUCAGACUGAGAGAGGAGCCGAGGCACUACAGGUCAUUAAACACAUACAAGCAGCCUCUCCCAUCGGCCGGUCUGCUACCGUUUCUAAACAAAUUCUGCCCAGGCGGAGAGACAAACAGAGUCUCAAUGUUUGCCGAUCUAAUAGGUGUCCUGUCAUCAUUGCAUGCCAAUAAUUCACUUUUGGUAGAACAGAGUUCUCAAGAGAAGUCAGAAUUGGACGGACAAAAGGAGACCUCGAUCAAUGGUUCGAGCGUUGGAAGAGAAAAAGAUGCAUUUCUCUGGGUACAGGAUCCAGUCGGCGACCUGGAGCUGUUUAAUUCAAAUGAAUUGUGGAGUACAAAUCUGACGUUCGGGGAUGUUCUUCUCGAGCACAGAAUGGAUUCCUUCAGAAACUUCACAAAAUCACACUUUGGGAAUUCGACAGACAUUGCUCAGACGGUCCUUUCACAGAAUUUUACAUUCAAAACUCUGUAUGAUAUGUACAGAGCACCAGAUGCAAUUGACGGAAGAUCCAAGAGUGACGUUGGAUUUGGGGCUAUUUUGGCAGCUAAAUUUAUCCCUCAACUCGUGAAAAUGGGAAUCGGAGAAGGCUCCAUUUCUUCUGCUUCCGAAGUCUCUCAAACUUUCGAUGAGCUGGCUGAAAUUCUGUCGUUUACUUUCGCUGAACGGGCAAAACCAGUGGACGAUCGGAACCAAUGGAAGAUGAAAUUCAUUACAUCGCAAUUAUGCCCCGUGAUCCUUUCGUCUUUCUGGGCGUCUUUAAAGUCAGUCUCUGCUGAUCAGUACAAGACGUUGAUGGAGAAACUGCUUUGUGAAGAUGACCGACAAGCCGAGAGUGAUUUAGCGCUCAUAAUUCUCUCCAGCAUAAAUGCGACAAAGGAAAGCAGCUCAGUUUUAAGGAGCGAAUAG